AUGGAGAGUGAUUUAGAAAAAUCAAGAAAGGCACAACACUUUUUAGAUUUUGCUGAAGUAUUGAAAAAUUAUGCAGCUGAUUCCUUUGAUGAUGCAAAACAACCAGAUGCAUUUGCUAUUAUUAAGGAAUAUCGUUCGAUUGCAGGUGAAGCAGCUUUGAGUUUAAUUGAUACUAAAUUUCAAGACGAGUUACAAACUACAUACACUAAUUGGGAACUCGAGGCUCAAUUUUGGCACAUUUUCGAUUUGUUGCUAGAUUUCAGAACAUCAGAUAUAUCAUUAGAAUUAGAAGAAGCUAAAAAAUAUAAUUCUAAUUCAGUGUUUGAAAAAGAAUUGUUACAAAAUAACAGAGAACUUUACGAAAUUUGGCUUAUUAUUAUUUGGUUGCAAGAAAACAUUAAAGUUCAGGAUAAGCCUGAAAAAGUACCUGUCCACAAAUGGUCUCAUACAUUUAUAAAUGGAGAUUUAAAUAGUGCAGACCUAGAUUACCCUUUGAGGGACAGUAAUGCCAAAAUACAUAAAGAAGACAAAUCUGCAGAUCACACUUUUUUUAAAUAUAUUUAUGAGCUAUUACUAUCUGGUAAUUUUGAAAAAGUGUAUGAAGAGUGUAAACUAUCAGAUAAUAUUACUCUAGCUAUGGUUAUUUCAGGUAUGCAGGAAUACUUAAAUCCUAAAAUAGACGUGCAAUUCUCUAGUGAAUUUACCAACCAACAGGGUAUUAAAAAACAUGCACUUUGGAGAAGAACAGUAUAUGAAUUAGCAAAAACCGCAGAAUUAGAUCCUUAUGAAAGAGCAAUUUAUUACUACAUUUCAGGGACUUUAUCAGAUGAAGAUUUAGUUGAAAGUUCCACUUGGGAAUCUGAUUUGUUAGUCAAUUUGAAUCAACUUUUACAAAUUAACAUUGAAAACUAUUUACUUCAAAAGGGUAAGAUUGACAAAACUGAGUUAAUCUCUAAUUUACCUUCAACCUCUCCAUCUUUGGCAAAUAUAUUAAAUAACGCUUUUGCAAAAUAUCCUAGAGAAAGUAGUCAUCCAAUUAGAGUACUGAUGGGCUCCAUUAUACUAAACACAAUGGAUACAUUGGUGCAUUCUUCAGUUAAAAUGCUAUUAGAUAUAAUGAAAGGAAAUGAAACAUCAAAUGAAAUAUUAGAUGAACCUUACCUAUUGCGUAUCGUCACGCAUCUUACUAUAAUAUUAGACAUAAUUACCCCAGGAAAGGUUGAUAACAGCGAUAAGGUAAAAUUAAUCACAGCUUAUAGUAGCAUUUUAAAAUUGAACAAAUUGUAUGCCUGUAUUCCAAUAUAUAUCAAGUUUUUAAAUGACAAUGAUGCACUAGAGACCUAUUCAUUCAUUUUAUCCACUAUUUCAGAAUCUGCUGAUAGGAAAGAACAAUUAGAACUAAUGGAUUAUCUCCGACUACCUAUUGCUAACAUUUUAAGACGUACUACUCAACGUGUUUUUGUUGAAUCAGAAUCCAUGUAUAUUCCUGAAGGAAAUAUUGUUGUCUCUUCAGAGAUAAGUGGUAUAGAUAAACACACAAUCCAUGCUGUUGAAUGGUUAAUUGAUGGAAAAUUAAGCAAUGAUGCUAUUAAAUCUAUUGUUGCUAUGGGAAGAAGAUUCUUGUUAAACGGUAGAAUAAAAUCGUUACAAUAUUUUUUUGACAACAAUAAUAUUGAAGUUGUGAUAAAUUCUUAUAAACUGGAAAAUUUGGCAAAUGAUGAUAUUGUUGCAGAUGACAUCCAAAUCAAAGAGAUCUUAGAAUACCAAAGUUUAGUGAAAAGUUAUGAGAUGUAUGAAGAAUGGCAAAAGGCCAUCAAGCAAUUAAAUUCUGAAUCAAAUAUUCCCACCUUAAUUGGGAAAUUUCAAGAAUAUACUAAUAAUACACUAGAACUUAUUAAAACAUUUUUAAUUGAACUUACAUCAAAUGCAUCAAUACCUGAUUAUAUGGUUCUAUGUGAAAUUCGUGCACUUUAUAUACCAUAUUUUUUAAUUGAACUUCAUAAGGGAUUAGUAGAAGCUGCAAGAUUGUUGAAAAUACCAACAUUUAUUAAGAAUGCAUUAGAAUUUACCUCAUUAGUUGCAAAUGAAACAGAUUCCUUGUAUUUAUUAUUUCAAUCAAGUGGUAAAUUAAAAGAAUAUCUUCAAUUAAUUGCUCAUACCGCCACUUUAUUGGAAAAAGAAUAG